UCUUCACGAUAUCAGAACACUCCAUGACAAGGGUUUUGCGGAAAUGAACAAAAAUCACGUGACGACGAUGUCACAGAACGGCCCACAUGAUAGAUUGAAUCCGUGGUACAAUAAAAAUCGUUACAUACGAAUGCCGUUUUAUCCGCCCGUCGGAUUACAGUCGGGAUUAAUGUGGAUGAACCUGACAAGGAUGAGGAGGACGCGUUUUCAACAAUUAUGGAGAGACGCCUUUGUAAAAUAUAACACGGAAUUCUAUCUGCACGAUCAAGAUAUUCUGAACGCUGCUUUUGGGGCGAAACCAGAGAUGGUGAAAAUGCUGACCACAUGUGAUUGGCACUACUGGCUUGCGUACUGUCUAAGUGAGGCGUACUGUACGCCAAGGAAAGUGUACGUACUCCAUGGUAUCAACUCAUCAUUUCACUGGAAAAGCUGUUACCCUUUUAGUACUGUCUGGGAUGCAUUUGAGAAGUUCUCCCUGGACCAAGAUAUCGGAAGUCACCUGUUAGAGCCAUUAUUGAAGGCACUUGGAAACCAAACCAAGGAGGAUCAGAAUAAGAACUGUGGCAAAUGCAUAAAUACACCUACUGAAGCUUUGGUGGGAGGCCUUAGGACCUUGAUAUGAAUGCCACGCUUCCACAUGACCAGAAACUUAUUUCCCCAGUCUCACAAACAAUGGAUAUCAUUUAUUAGAUGCUAAAGACAGGAACGGUUAUUUUCGCAGCAGUUUUAGACAUGACCACAUGACCAGAAACUUAUUUCCCCAGUCUCACAAACAAUGGAUAUCAUUUAUUAGAUGCUAAAGACAGGAACGGUUAUUUUCGCAGCAGUUUUAGACAACAUUUAUAAAAAAACUUCUGCGGAUUAUCGAUAAUUAAAUAAGAUGAAAAAAACAAGUAUAUUCAAGAAUGUCACAUCAGUGACAAUUACAAGGGUGUUCUACCGGGAGUAAAAAACACUUCUAAAUAUGGUCAAUGUUUAGUUUCAAAAGCACGUUUCACCAAUGGAAAAAAACAGUAAGUGAUUCAUCGAUCUCAUGAGCAAAUAAAUAAACAAGUGUCAAAGGAAUAGGGGAUGGA